AGUUCAGAGCAGCAAGUGCUCUCUGCAAAGAGGCUGUUGCUCUCUCUUGGAGGGAAUAGACUCUCUCGCCGGUAUUCAGUGAAGAAAGCCAAGUGUGGAUAUGCAGUUCUCUUACUGGACUGGAAGAUGUUUUGCUCAUUUCUAAACAGCUAUGCUAGAUAGCUACAAAUUGAGAAGUGUCUGCAGUUUGCCAUUUGUUUCUGAUAAGAAGAUCAAUACUGUUGGAACCAGUAAUGCAGAUGUCCCUUUGGCUGAUCCCGGAAUGUACCAAUUGGACAUUACAUUAAGAAGGGGUCAAAGUUUAGCUGCCCGAGAUCGAGGAGGGACAAGUGAUCCAUAUGUGAAGUUUAAAAUUGGAAGAAAAGAAGUUUUUAGAAGUAAAAUAAUACAUAAGAACCUCAACCCUGUAUGGGAAGAAAAAUCCUGCAUUCUUGUUGAACAUCUUCGGGAGCCAUUGUAUAUAAAGGUGUUUGACUAUGAUUUUGGACUUCAGGAUGACUUUAUGGGCUCAGCCUUUCUGGAUCUCACUCAACUGGAGUUAAACAGGUCCACAGAUGUGACCCUACCUCUGAAAGAUCCCCAUUAUCCUGACCAUGAUCUUGGAGUCAUCUUGCUCUCUGUCAUCCUUAGCCCUAAAGAAGGAGAACCUAGGGAUGUGACAAUGCUAAUGAGGAAGAGUUGGAAAAGAUCAAGUAAGGAACUCUCAGAAAAUGAAGUGAUUGGAUCUUAUUUCUCUGUGAAGUCUUUCUUUUGGAGGAGAUGUGGCAGGCCUGCUCUUCCUGUCCUGGGUUUCCACAGAGCACAGCUUCACAGUCCUUGUUGCCAAAAUGUAAAAUUUCAGACCCAAAGUUUACGUCUGUCAGACCAACACAGAAAAUCUCAUCUGUGGAGAGGAAUAGUCAGUAUUACUUUGAUCGAGGGUCGAGACCUUAAAGCAAUGGAUUCCAAUGGACUAAGCGAUCCUUACGUGAAGUUCCGGCUGGGACAUCAGAAGUACAAGAGCAAGAUUAUGCCAAAAACGUUGAAUCCUCAAUGGAGGGAACAGUUUGAUUUUCAUCUCUAUGAAGAAAGAGGAGGAAUCAUUGAUAUUACUGCAUGGGACAAAGAUGCAGGGAAAAGAGAUGAUUUUAUUGGAAGGUGCCAGGUCGACCUGUCAUCCCUCAGUAGGGAGCAGACGCACAAGCUGGAGCUGCAGCUGGAGGAGGGUGCGGGCCACCUGGUGUUGCUCGUCACGCUGACAGCCUCCGCCACAGUCAGCAUCUCUGACCUCUCGGUCAACUCUCUGGAGGACCAGAAAGAGCGGGAGGAGAUAUUAAAGAGAUAUAGCCCAUUACGGAUAUUUCACAACCUAAAAGAUGUGGGAUUUCUUCAGGUGAAAGUCAUCAGAGCAGAAGGCUUGAUGGCAGCUGAUGUUACAGGUAAAAGUGACCCAUUUUGUGUAGUAGAGUUGAACAACGAUAGACUGCUAACACACACUGUCUACAAAAAUCUCAAUCCUGAGUGGAACAAAGUCUUCACAUUCAACAUAAAAGAUAUCCAUUCAGUUCUUGAAGUGACAGUUUAUGAUGAAGAUCGGGAUCGAAGUGCUGACUUUCUGGGCAAAGUUGCCAUACCAUUGCUGUCUAUUCAAAAUGGUGAACAGAAAGCCUACGUCUUGAAAAACAAGCAGCUGACAGGGCCAACAAAGGGGGUCAUCUAUCUUGAAAUAGAUGUGAUUUUUAAUGCUGUGAAAGCCAGCUUACGAACAUUAAUACCCAAAGAACAGAAGUACAUUGAAGAGGAAAACAGACUCUCUAAACAGCUGCUACUAAGAAACUUUAUCCGGAUGAAACGCUGUGUCAUGGUGCUCGUAAAUGCUGCAUACUACAUUAAUAGUUGCUUUGAUUGGGAUUCACCCCCCAGGAGCCUUGCUGCUUUUGUGCUCUUUCUCUUUGUUGUCUGGAACUUUGAGCUCUACAUGAUACCAUUGGUUUUGUUGUUACUAUUGACAUGGAACUACUUCUUGAUCAUAUCAGGGAAAGAUAACAGGCAACGUGAUACAGUAGUGGAGGACAUGUUAGAGGACGAGGAAGAAGAAGAUGACAAAGAUGACAAGGACAGUGAAAAAAAGGGAUUUAUAAAUAAAAUCUAUGCCAUCCAAGAGGUAUGUGUCAGUGUCCAGAACAUCCUAGAUGAAGUGGCUUCCUUGGGUGAAAGGAUAAAAAAUACUUUCAACUGGACUGUUCCAUUCUUAAGCUGGCUGGCCAUUGUAGCCCUCUGUGUGUUCACAGUCAUCCUGUACUUCAUCCCACUGAGAUACAUUGUCCUUGUCUGGGGCAUCAAUAAAUUUACAAAAAAGCUUCGGAGCCCGUAUGCAAUUGAUAACAAUGAACUACUUGACUUCCUUUCCAGAGUUCCUUCAGAUGUACAAGUGGUGCAAUACCAAGAACUGAAACCAGAUCCUUCUCAUAGCCCAUAUAAAAGGAAGAAAAACAAUCCUGGCUAGCCAGCUCCCAGAACCGAGGAGACCAGCAUCUGUUUGGAAAGAUAAAAGAAAAAGCCUUCAGCAUCGGCAGAAUUUCCUUUCUGCUUUGUAUUUAUUUUGCCUUUUUAUCAUGAUUGAGAAUUUAUAAAUAGUGUACAAAAGGCCUAUGUCUUUGAAAAUAUACUUACAUUAUACAGAAUUGAUAAAGGUAUUGCUAGUACACUUUGAAAGCCUUGUUAGCUAAGGAUAAUAUCUCAGAGAAAGAACUGUAAGGGUAAUAACACUGGAAGACACACGUUUUUGUUUGUGGUAUGAUUAAAUCUACACAAAUCGUUAAUUUCAUUUUAGACUUUUUUUUUAAGUCACUAUUUUUUAUCUGAAAAUCCAUUGCUGUUUUCUAUGUUUUAUAUUCAAAAAGGGGAAAUCCCAAAGCUGUAAUCAUGGAUACAUCUCAAAUUAACUUAGAUCCUGACUUUCACUGCUGUGCAAAUUACUUACGUGUGAUUAGGCUGGUUUUUAAGCUAAUAAAUUCAGGUAUAUUUACCCCCUCAAGAUAAUCUGAGAUCCUGUAACGGAAACUUAAUAAGCCUUCUAUCAUUCCAUCUAAAACCUUAAAAUCUCUCCAGGACUACAUAACGUUAAUACUGCCAGGUUUAUAAGUGAUUGCCUAUCUGAAUUUUUGUAUCUACCACUACUUUAAUUUAUACUGAAUUAGCCAACCAAUUCAGUUGUCAUACAUAGUAGCAAACUAACCCCAUAUUGCUUUUGGUAAAUUAUACUUUCGUGCAGCUUAAAAUAUUUAAUACUCAAGGGUUCCAGGAAAAAAGUACCUACUGUCUUAUUAGGUUACUAAAAUGCUUUAAUGCAUACUUCAAAUUUUGUUUUUUGUGUAAAAAGAGGAGAAUGCAAUGUGCUAUGACAACAUUUCAUUACAUUCAUUUAUGAAAAAAGUCAUAAUCAUUCUUGAUAAUAUGAAUGCAUGAAAUAUUGUUUUGUAAGAAAAACUGCUUAUGUGGGGUUAUAUUAAAAACAAUUCAGCACUUACCAUAGAAUCUAUACUUAAACAUUACAAUCCCAAGACUUACAGCUUUUGUAUCAAGGGAACAUAACCUCUGAAGGAAGAAAUAAUUUGGUGACAAUGUCUUCCUUCACUGACUUGCUCGGGGAUUAAACUCAUUUGAAACUGCUACAGAUAAUGUUUUGCACUACUUUAUUAAUAACCUAGGGUGGAGGUGGGCUUAAUGCUGGAAAAUAGAGAAAAGUAGAAAGCAACAAAGCAAGAAAUACGUGUCAAUCUAAAAAGAUUCUUUACAUCUCAUCAAAGCUGAUUUUUAAAGUAUUUUUAUUUUAGAGAUAUGUUGUUAAAUACUAUUUCCUAAAAUAGAACUAUUUUGAUCUAUUUAUACACAAUGCUAGAAAGAAUGUCAAUUAAAUAAUUCCCUUUCUACAGAUAGAGAAUAUUGCAUCAUGUUUAAAAAUGACAUGCGUACAUCUGCAUAUUAUCACUGUUUGUUGCAAAAACAUAUUAGUUCAUGAAGCUGUUACUAAUGUUUAUUGAGGAGAUAAUGUGUUUUGGAUUAAGCUUUGAUUAUAUCUUGUGUCCUGUGUUGACAAUGUCUGCUCAGAUUUUUGUACGGCUGAUAUUCUGCAACCUCAGAUGUGGAUAGUAACCAUUAACGGUUGACUAAUUUGUUUCCUUGUACUGAAUUACAGAUGUUUAGUUUAAUAGUAAUGUUGACUACAUAUUCAUUGCAUUAAAUACAAAAGAAAAAAAUUACGUAUAAUCAGUACUGUUUUUUCUCCCCCACAUGGGGAAUUGUAUGCAUUUUGACUUUUUUUUUAAAUUAUAAAGGUGAUGUACAGAGAGGU